AUGACUCUCACUGACACAUGUGCGGACAAUCCGGCACCUGUCGUUGCUGCCAAGACCAAACUUUUGGGAAGGGCUUUGUUCGAAAAUAUGGGGAAACCAACUAAGAUCGUCGCACCCAUGGUAGACCAGUCCGAAUUGGCAUGGAGAAUUUUAUCAAGACGGUACGGGGCUACUCUGGCGUAUACACCAAUGUUUCAUGCCAAAAAUUUCGCUACUUCGGAAAAAUACAGGAAAGACAUGUGGUGCGAGCAAGAUGGAUGCAGCAACGUGGAUCGCCCACUUGUGGUGCAAUUCUGUGCGAACGAUCCUCAUUAUCUUCUGGAAGCAGCCAAGCUUGUGCAGGAUAAAUGCGACGCAGUAGAUCUCAAUCUGGGGUGUCCUCAAGGUAUAGCUAAAAAAGGUCGUUACGGGUCUUUUUUGAUGGAGGACUGGGAAACCAUUCACAAGCUCAUCAAAACACUGCACGAUAAUCUGGAUGUGCCGGUCACAGCCAAGAUUCGGGUCUUUCCGGAGCGCGAGAAGACUUUGGAGUAUGCCAAGAUGGUCCUGGAUGCGGGAGCCCAAUUUUUGACGGUCCACGGCCGUCUGCGGGAACAAAAGGGACAGCAGACAGGUUUGGCAGAUUGGGAUAUUAUUCAGUAUCUGCGGCAGCAUUUACCUGAGGACACCGUUUUUUUCGCAAAUGGCAAUAUUUUGUAUCCAGAAGAUAUCUCCAGAUGCAUGAACAAAAUACACUGCGAUGGUGUGAUGAGCGCUGAAGGGAACCUUUACAACCCAGGAGUUUUCAAUACGGAAUGCACCGGCGAUAUUGAUAAAACAUUCCCUCGCGUUGACAAGCUGCUACGUGAGUAUUUCGAGAUUGUUAGAAGCUAUAAGGGUUCAAACGCUUCACGUAUUGCAAUGAAGUCGCAUUUUUUCAAAAUUUUGCGUCCUUUUCUACCAAACCACAUCGACAUUCGUUCCAAUCUUGCGUCCAUGAAUGCCAAGACAUCAUUUGACGAAUGGGAAGAAAUAGUUGUUGGCCCCGUGGAGCAGGUCGUGCAGGAAAUUUACAAGCAAGAUGACAUAAACGCUAAAGAUGUCAUCACUACCGGCGAAGUUGAGCUCUGGGGUGGUUCAUACAAGCAAGUUCCAUAUUGGCGGUGUCAACCUUAUUUCAGACCUGUUGAUGGUGUGACCGGAGACAAAAGAGUUGUGCGAGGCCUCAAGCGAGCCAACGAACUCGAGACCAGCAAAGAAGAGGAGACGAAGAAGAGUAAGCAAGCGGAAGUUACAAAUGCUGCUAGUUGA